UAAUAAUUAUUAUAACAUUACUUAAAUAAUAACUAUUAUAACUUUGUCUGUGUGAGUCAUUAAGACAUUAACCAAGAAAUAAGUUACAAAAAUACAUCAUCGCGGUAGGUCACCUUCAUCAAUGAUUUCCAGGAAAAUAACCACAACAUUACUAAAAAUAAACGAAAACGAAAUCCAAAUACAUCGUUUAAAAGAUAAAAACGAAAGAAUUUCUCUGAAAACUGAGAGAAUUAUAGGACCAUAAAUUUAUAAAAUAAAACCCCUAUGAGUAUAUAUAAUAUGUUAUUGUUGUGUGUUGACGCGCCGAAGCGCGGGGAUCACGUUGCGCGACGGCUGACCCAUCUGCCUGUUCAAAACUGCAACGAAAAUAUUAUCACUCAUAACGUAUGGAGUUGAUCAGUGAUCACUGUUUUAUUUUUAUUUUACGCAUUUACGCAACUGUUGAGUGUUAUAUAAUCGUUUUAUACAUAAUACACAUUGUAAAAUGUCAACUAAAAAGGUAAGUUCAAAACGCCACGCCACAUGUGUUGUCUUCAUCUUACAUAUAUAGGUACAAGUCGUAUAAGUGUGAAACACUGCAAAUUUUCCGUAUUGCUAGUUUUUAGCUUUAAUAUUAAAAUAAAAUAAGACUGAGACAACACAUGCGAGUGCGAUGUUUUCUCUUUAUUUAAUAAAAUAAAUACAUGGAAAGGUUUACAUUUACGUCAUGUAGCUGUAUAUAAAUGUUUUUUUAUUUUAGAAUAAAACGACAUGGGUCAUAGUUUUAUUUUGCAUAUCUAUAGUGUAGUACCGACUAACUGGCUUGUGCAAAAUGAGACAUUCAAUUUAACAAAUUGUAAUGUAGAGUAUUGUUAUUGGCUAGCUGGCCAUGUUACCAGCUUGGAAAUAUCUGAAGCUAAGAAUCCAGAACAAUCGUGGUGCAAGUACGAGAUCAAAUUACUUGGAGGAAAUAAAACAUAUGGUAAUUUCAAAAAAGCAUGGCAUAUUAGAGUGGCAAAGGAAUCUGAAAGUGAAGAAUUUCAACUACCAGCCAAACGAAAACAAACAAUAUUUGAUUUGACAGAUAGUAGUAGUGAUGAUAGUAUAGGAUUUAGUGUAAUACCUUUACAAGUACAAAAUAAGAGACAUAAGACAUACACAGAUUUACAGACAGUUGAGACAACUCCUUACCAUUCACAACAAUCAACAAUGGAUUCGCCUGCCGUUCAUCAACCAGUUUCAAUGUAUCAGCCUUAUAAUAAAUUGACUACAGUACAUCAACCUCCUAUUAUUCCAGAUUCUAAAAAUACUGGUGUACAGCAUACUAUGGAAUCUGGCACAUUAAGUAACUACAUAGGCUCUAGAUAUAAAACUGACGAGUAUUAUGCAAGAACAAAUUUCCACCAAUCUUAUGAUAAAUAGAAUUUUUGCUAAAAUAAAAUAAUGGAGGCAAAUUCGAAAAAUAAAGAUCAAAUUAAUGAUACCUCUAUCUGCAUUGAUUCACAAUUUCUUUCAUAUUUUCCCUUAAAAAAUGC